AUGGAGAAUGUAACCAAAGUCUCCGAUCCAGUGCAUACAAGCAAAACGUCAGCCGAUUCCAGCGAGGAUUUACAAGUCUCGAUGGCACAGAUUGCCAAAGCUGUUGCAUACGCAGCGAUAAUGGUAUUGUCUAUCUGUGGAAACGCACUCGUUCUCAUGGUGGUGAAAAAGAACAUAGGAGGCCAGAUGCGAUCUGUACGGAACUAUCUUCUCACCAGCAUGGCUGCUACAGAUUUGUUAAUUACGAUCGGCAGUAUGCCCGAAAGACUUACAAGGGUUUUGACGAACGACGAAUGGCUUAUUGACGGUGCUAUGGGAACCGCACUGUGUAAAGUAACAAACUUUUUUGAAAAACUCGCUCUCAGCGUUUCUAUUGUCAAUCUAGCUCUUGUUGCGGUUGAUCGAUUUUUGGCGGUAAUGUUCCCUCAUAAAAAGUAUUUCACAAGGCGCAAGGCGUUUACAGCCAUUGCUUCGGUAUGGUUUACCUCCGCGCUAUACUGUUCGCCAGUACUAUACUAUGGCGGGUUGCUGAAGAAACGAGGAAAAACUCUUUGUAAAGUUCGACAAUUUUUUCCAAAUUGGAAGGCGUGGUAUUUACUAUACCUGGCAGAGCUUUUUCUGACCCUUCUCCUAGUUUUAUCACUUUACACCUCCAUUCUUUGCAAGCUUUGGCGACGGCAACCUCCGAACAGGAUUGGAAUGGCGAGGGAAGAUUCCUUGAGGGACAGUUGUAUCACAGCGAAUCGCCCUGAUCGCGAUGCAAAAAUCAACCGAAGAGUUAUCAAAAUGGUGGCAGCGAUAUUGAUCGCGUUUUAUUUCUGUUUUCUCCCGUACUGGAUAGGCUGGGUGUUCUGUUCUUACUGUUAUUCAAAGCUUAUUUGCAAUGAAACCUACAUCUUUAUUUCUAUUUUUCUUUGUUACGCAAAUAGCAGCUUAAACCCGGUUAUUUACUGCGCGUUCAGCGAGAAUUUUCGCCUUGCUUUUAAAGUGGUCGUCCAACAGACAUGCCCCUGUUUUACCAACUCUAGUUCAAGGCGAAGAAGAGUGACACCUCUAAUAUCGGCAGUUGUGUUCAACAGGUUGUCACUUAACUCCCUUGAAAGAAAUCAAGGUGACAUUAGACUGAGAGAAAGUAUUAAGGAAGAGAAUGAGAUUGGAAGUGGUAACAGAAAAGCUCUGACAACAGAAUUGUAA